ACUCCCUGCGAGUGAAGGGAGGAGAAAAGGUUCAGAAGGCAGAGGGCACCGUAACCAGCUCUACACACACACAUCCACGCACACACGCACAUACACACACACAAACAACACUGCCAGACCUUGUGCUUGACUUCUGGACUCCAGCCCGCUGGUGGGACUCUAUCUGUGAGCACAACUCUCCACACGACCCCUCUCCAUAUCUCUCUCUCUCACUAACUUCUCCAGUGCACAGUGGGGAUGGGCCAGACCUCAUUCAGGGGUGCCCUCGCCUGUGCUCUGCUGGCUCUGGCUUUGGGGGGCAGCAUGGAUUUGGGGGCGCCCCCGGUUGGCUUCUACCCCCGAUUCAACCCCUUCUUCUUCCUGUGCACCCACCAUGGGGAGCUGGAGGGGUCAGGCGUGGCAGAGGGUGGAGGAGAGGUGCUGCUCACCUUACAGAUUGCUGGCAACCCCACCGCCUACACGCCAGGACAGGAGUAUCAGGUGACAAUCUCCACUAGUACAUACUUUGAUGGUCUGCUGGUCACUGGUCUUUACACCUCUACAACUGUCCAGACUGCACCCAUCCCUGCACCUGCUACCUUUGGAUUUGGAGUGAUGGCAGAGCGACAGUUCGGGACUCAGUUUGUGUGCAGUGUGGUGGCAUCUCAUGUCAGUCAUCUGCCCACAACAAGUAUCAGUUUUGUGUGGAUUGCUCCACCACCUGGCACAGGCUGUGUAAAUUUCCUGGCUACAGCCACACAUCGAGGACAGAUCAUCUUCAAGGACACUCUGGCCCAGCAGCUGUGUGAACAGGGAGCCCCCACAGAAUCUCCACUGCGGCCCAGUUUAGCUGAGGUUCAUGGAAACCAUGCUGUUCUACGUGAUGACUUUGACUCCAACCUGCAAGGAGAAUUGGAGCUCAACAUCUGGUCAGACUGCCGUAACUGCGAGGUAGGGGAGCAGUGUGGUGUGCUGUUGCAUGGUAAAGCUGUCACUUUCUGUGAACCCUUUGGACAGAGAGAACUGACCACAGUGGCACUGAACACAAGCACAGCUUCUGUACUACAAUUUGCCCUGGGCUCUGGAUCAUGUCGCUUCAGUUACUCGGAUCCCAGCAUAAUUGUCUCCUACAGUCUGAACAACUCAGAUGACUGGACCACUUUGGAGAAGAUCAGAGCACCCACUAACAGCAGCACCGUGGUUCAUCUCUUGCCAGUGCCCCCAGGCUGCAGGGGGGAGGCGGUACAUCUGCGAUGGGCUCAGGAGGCUCCACUGGGGCCUGAUGGGUAUGAGUCUUGUUGGGGACUGGACAAUGUACUGUUGGUCAACAUGGCUCACAAGCCCACCCUACUGGAAGACAACCUGGAUCCUCCCAACACUGCUAACUGGCUCUUCUUCCCUGGUGCCACUGUAAAGCAUGCUUGUCAAUCAGAGGGGAACACACUAUAUUUCCAUGGUGGAGAGGGAGUGGGUAACAGCUUUGCUUCCACCCGGGACAUUGAUCUCCAUCGGGAAGAAGGGCGGAGCUACUGGGAGGAGGACUUUGAGAGCCAACCUAAUGGCUGGGACAUUGAGGGGGCAGUCUAUGGUACCCAGUGUGGAGAAGUUGAGUCGGGCUCUGCACUAGUGUUCCUGGGGGAUGGAGAGAGAAAGGUGUGCACCCCCUACCUGGACUCAACCUUAUACGGCAACCUGCGCUUCCAUUUUACCAUGGGUGGUGGGGAAUGUAACCCUGGGGAGUCACAUGACAAUGAUGUUAUCGUCUUUGGUCGGUCCCAGGGAAGAAGAGACCAUGUCCUUUUGGACACACUUCCAUUUUCAGCCUACAGGAGCCCCUCUGUGGUGUCCAUGGCACUGCCUGUGGACCUGCAGACUCCUGUCACUCAGUUCUGUCUGGAACAGAGGUUUCACGCCGGUGCCAACCGCCAUGUCUGGGCACUAGACUUUCUGCAGCUUCUGCCAGUGCUGCCUGGAGCCCAUACACAUAUAGCCCAGUUCUCUAUCAACCUCGGUUGUGGCUCCUACCAGCCAGCCAACAGCGUGAAUUUAGAGUUUUCAACCAAUCAUGGUCGUUCCUGGUCCCUCCUGCAUACAGAGUGUUUGCCUGAGCUUUGUUCUGGACCACACCUUCCCCACAGCACAGUCUACUCAUCAGAGAACUACAGCGGGUGGACAAGGAUUUCCAUCCCUCUUCCUAAUGCUGCUCUCACAGAGAGCACUCAGUUCCGCUGGAGACAGACUGGGACAGGCAUAGGGAACAUGUGGGCCAUUGACAAUGUAUAUAUUGGGCCAUCCUGUUUGCGGUUUUGCUCUGGGAGAGGACAUUGCUCACGCACUGGAUGCAAGUGUGACCCAGGGUUUAGUGGUCCAGCAUGUGAGCUUGCUUCUCAAACCUUCCCAGCCUUCCUGUCCGAGGGUUUUUCUAGCUCGAGACUCUCCUCAUACCACAGCUUUUCCUCACUGCGUGGGGCUGAGGUCAGCUUUGGCUGUGGUGUUUUAGCCAGCGGGAAGGCCUUGGUCUUUAAUAGAGACAGCAGGAGGCAUCUGGUCACUGCCCCACUGGACAGUUCUCAGGCCAGGUACCUGCAGUUCACUCUAAGGCUGGGUAGCCGUAGUAUUCUCAGUUCCUGCCCUGCCCCAGAUAAGCCGGGAGAGGGUUUACUGCUGCAUUACUCCUCAGACAAUGGCAUUACCUGGACACUGCUUCAGCAUUACUCUUACCAGGGCUUCCAUGAGCCUAGAAUUGUGUCGGUUGAGCUCCCUCCUGGGGCACGGAAAUUUGGGGUGCAGUUCCGCUGGUGGCAGCCAUACCACUCAGGCCGUGGGCAGGAUGUGUGGGCCUUGGAUGAGAUCAGCAUGACCUCUGUGCUGUUUAACACUAUCAGCCUGGAUUUCAGCAAUGUGCUGGAUGUCACUCAGAGUUUGGGCUUCUACCUGGGCCAUGUGCAGCCCUACUGCCAGCAUGACUGGACACUGAGUUUCUCUGGAGAGCCCAACCCUGGCUCUAGUAUCCGCUAUGUGGAGACUCAGUCCAUGCAGAUCGGGGCCUCCUACACACUACAGUUCUCUUUAGUUAUGGGCUGUGGCCAUGAGCCCUCCCCUCACAUUGACACACAAGUUCGGCUCGAGUUCUCUACCAAUCAUGGACUCACUUGGCACCUGGUCAAAGAGGCCUGUCUUCCUGGUAUGCCGAGCUGCUCUGAGUUCACUGCUCCAAGUGUUUACCAUCCAUCCGAGUUUCCUACUUGGAGAAGAAUCACCCUUCCUUUGCCCCAAAAAACAUGGUCCAGUGCCACGCGGUUUCGCUGGAUCCAGAACUACUACAGUGAGCAGGAUGAGUGGGCGCUAGAUGACAUCUAUAUUGGGCAACAGUGUCCUCAGAUGUGUCAUGGACAUGGCUGGUGUGACCAUGGUCACUGCAGGUGUGAUGAAGGCUUUUCUGGGACAGACUGUCAGCCCUCUUCACCGUUGUCCUCUAGUGUGCUCUCAGACUUUGAGUCCCAGGAAACACUAAUGACUACUUGGUGUGAGGUUAUUGGUGGAGAGGUGGUGGCACCUGACUAUGGAUGCGGUGUUGUGUCAUCUGGAUCUUCUCUGUAUUUUAGCAAGGCUGGACUGAGACAUCUAGUGAGUUGGGAUUUAGACACAGAAUGGGCAGAAUUUGUGCAGUUCUACCUACGUGUGGGUGGAGAUUGGAUGGAAUGUAACCAAGCGGACAGCAGGGAGGAGGGAGUUCUUCUGCAGUAUAGUAAUGAUGGUGGUAUCAGCUGGGGUCUAAUCGCAGAGAUGUACUUCACUGACUUUACCAAACCUCGGUUUGUUCAUUAUGAACUGCCAAUGGCUGCUAAGACUCCAUGUACCCGGUUCCGCUGGUGGCAACCACUUCACUCAGGUGAUGGUUAUGACCAGUGGGCUAUUGAUGAUGUAAUCAUUCUUUCUGAGAGGGAGAAGCAUGUCAUUCCAAUGGCUAAUCCUACUCUUCCUCAGAACUUCUAUGAGAAACCAGCAUUUGAUUAUCCACUGAACCAAAUGAGUGUGUGGCUGAUGUUGGGAAAUGAAGGCGUGGAUAAGGAUGGGAAUGGGAGUUUCUGUGCCCCCACACCCUCAGCCAUGGUGUUUGGGAGAUCUGAUGGGGACAGGUGGGCUGUGACCCGAGACCUCUCCCUCCGAACUGGCUACACAUUACAGUUCAAGCUGAACAUCGGCUGUGAGUCAGAAUUCAGUCCCUCUGCCCCUGUGUUGCUCCAAUAUUCCCAUGAUGCCGGACGCACCUGGGCUCUCGUACGAGAGGGAUGUUUCCCAGGUUCUCCUGGGGCAGCAGGCUGUGAAGGCAGUGGACGUGAGCUUAGAGAGCCUACUGUUUACAACACAGGCGAUUAUGAACGCUGGACCAGGGUUACUGUUGUAAUUCCACGCAAAGUAGCUGCAAGUAAGACACGGUUUCGCUGGUUCCAAGAAAGCAGUGUUCAUCGGGAUGCCCCUGCAUUUGCCCUUGAUGGUGUUUAUAUCUCGGAGCCGUGUCCCAACCACUGUGGAGGUCAUGGGGACUGCAUCUCCGGAGUCUGCUUUUGUGACAUGGGCUACACAGUGGAGCAGGACAGCUGCGUGCCCUCUACCCCAAGUCCCACUGAGCUGGCUGAGAGCUUCGAAGGGAAGCUCAGUCCUCUUUGGCAAGGCAUUAGUGGAGGACAGACAGGGGGUGGCUGUGGCACUAUCAGCGAGGGGAAGGCACUCUAUUUUAGCAGCCAUGGCCGACGAGAGGCUCGCACUGUGCCCCUGGACACCACUAACACCCGACUGGUUCAAUUCUACAUCCGAAUUGGUGGGAAGAACAUGGGCUCAGCUUGCACCAGGCCUCGCUCUCGCAAUGAAGGGGUAAUCGUCCAGAGCUCCAUUAAUAAUGGUGUGGAGUGGCAUUUCCUGCGAGAGCUGGACUUCGGUUCCUUUCUGGAGCCACAGGUGGUGACUAUUGAACUUCCUCCUCAUGCAAAGACGCCCUACACUGUGUUCCGCUGGUGGCAGCCCCAACAGGGUAAACACUCAGCUCAGUGGGCCAUUGAUGAUGUUCUCAUCGGGAUGAAUGAUAGCUCCAGAACUGGCUUUCUUGACAAGUUUGAUGGGACAUCACCCUUAAGGCACAACUGGUUCAGAGUAGUGGGGGGAGAGGUGGCAGUAGACUGUCUCUCCCUUGACACAGCCCUGGCCUUCCACUCGGACUCAGUAGACAAACGGCCACGUUAUGCUGAGAGCUGGGACUUCGAGGUGUCAGGCUCCUCGUUUCUGCAGUUUGAUCUGAGCAUGGGCUGCAGUAAGGCAGUGUAUUCAGCCCAUGGAGUGCACCUAGAGUUCUCCACCGACUGCGGCCGGCACUGGACACUGCUGACACCAGAGUGUGUGCCGCCUGCUAUCGGCUGUGCCAGUUACACUCAGAGCUCCGUCUACAGCGCUCCCCAGUAUUCCCGCUGGAGAAGGGUCACAGUGUAUCUGCCCAACACUGCUAAUUCCCCCAGAACAAGGUUCCGCUGGAUUCAGCCUCACUUCACUCCUGGAGCUGACUACUGGGCUCUGGAUAAUGUACUGCUGGCUCCUGGGUGCCCAUGGAUGUGUUCUGGACAUGGUCUGUGUGACAACGGACGUUGUGUGUGUGACAGAGGAUAUGGUGGGGCUCACUGCGUCCCCUUAGUCCCUCUGCCCUCUGUUCUGAGGGAGGACUUCGACGAGAACCUGGAGCCAGAGAUCUGGCCUGAGGUGUAUGGGGCAGAAAAGGGCACACUAAGUGGGGAGCCUCUUAAGUCAGGCACUGCCCUCAUCUUUAAGGGGGAGGGGCUACGGAUGCUGGUUUCACAGGACUUGGACUGCACCAGCACUCUAUAUAUCCAGUUUUCAUUUAGGUUUAUAACUAAAGGAGUCCCAGAGCGUUCCCACUCCGUACUGCUGCAGUAUUCAGUGAAUGGAGGGAUCAGCUGGCUGCUGUUGGAUGAGUUCUACUUCCCCACCUCCACGGACACUCUGUUCCUGCAUCUCCCACUGCCCCCUAGUGCUCAGACAAACGCUACACGCUUCAGACUGUGGCAGCCUUACAACAACGGCAAAAAGGAGGAGGUGUGGGUGGUUGAUGAUCUUAUCAUUGAUGGCAGCUCUUUGAACAACCCCCCUGUUUUAUCAGAGAGUUUUGAGGGUGGACCUCAGGAGUUCAACUGGCUGUUCUAUCCAGGGGGCAAUAUUGGCCUCUACUGCCCCUACCAGAAAGCAGGACUGGAGGAUGACUCGGCUAUGGUGUUUGUGUCCAGUGAGCUAGGAGAACACUCGAUCACCACAAGAGAUAUUGAUGUAAAUGAAAACACCAUUAUUCAGUUUGAGAUCAAUGUGGGCUGUACAGGAGAGAGCUCUUCCUCAAGCCCAGUGCGUCUAGAAUUCUCACGGGACUUUGGAGCUACAUGGCAUCUCCUGGUUCCUCUGUGUGCAGGUGGCCCAACCCCCAGCUCUCUCUGCUCCACCGAGCUCCACCCUGCCAGCAUCUACUACCCUGGCACUACUCAGGGCUGGAGAAGGGAAGUCAUCCACUUUGGCAAGCUACGUUUAUGUGGGUCAGUGCGGUUCCGCUGGUACCAGGGCUUCUUUUCAACUGGCAUGGCACCCUACACCUGGGCCCUCGACAAUGUUUACAUUGGCCCCCAGUGCCAAGACAUGUGCAGCGGGCAUGGGGCAUGUGUGAGGGGCACCCACUGUGAGUGUGACCCUGGUUACUCUGGCCCAGACUGCUCUGUUCCAAAUGCGCCAAACCCAGACUUCUUGAAAGAGGACUUUGAAGGUGGUGCUAUGGAAUAUGAGCAUUUCAAGGUGCUGAGCGGAGGAAAACCCUCCAGAAAGUGUGGCAUUAUGACCACUGGAAACCACCUGUUCUUCAGUGAGGAUGGAUUACGAAUGUUGGAGACCACAGACAUGGAUCUGUCUAAUGCUAGGUUUGUCCAGUUCUUCCUGCGGCUUGGCUGUGGGAAGGCUGCCCCAGACCCACGCUCGCAGCCUGUACUGCUGCAGUUCUCCAUGGAUGGAGGUCUGUCCUGGAACCUGCUUCAGGAAUUUCUCUAUAGUAACAGUAGUAACCAGGCUCACCUGGUGGCACUGGAGAUCCCACUGCGAGCCCGCACUACCCAAACCCGCCUCCGCUGGUGGCAGCCAUCUGAAAAUGGACACUUCCAUAGUCCAUGGGUCAUUGAUAAGGUGGUGGUGGGAGGCAGUGCCAGUGGCUGGGGCCCUCUGGAGGAUGACUUCUCCUUCACAGACACACGCUCAUGGCUGCUCCACCCUGGUGGCACGCGCAUGCCUGUGUGCGGAUCUGAUGGCGAAGCAUUUGCCUUCAUCGAGAAGUCUAACACUCGCUACGGUGUCACCACUGACAUCAGUGUGGGCCAAGAUGCCUUUAUUCAGUUUGACUUCUCUGCAUCUUGCUCUGUCACAUCCUCUUGUUACUCGGUGGAGUUGGAGUAUUCUCUCAACCUUGGAAUGACUUGGCAACCACUUGUGAGGGACUGUUUACCCACUAGUCCAGACUGCUCCUCCUACACUCUUCAAAGGCUGUUAGUGUCAGACACCUACAACAAAUGGGGCAGAGUUACAUUACCCAUUCCAUCCUAUGCCAGGUCUCCAGCAACACGAUUCCGCUGGUUCCAGCAGGCUCCCUUUGAUAAGCAACAGACCUGGGCUCUGGACAAUCUCUACAUUGGAGACGGCUGUCCUGAAAUGUGCUCUGGCCAUGGCCGCUGCAAGCAGAAUUCCUGUGUGUGUGACCCUGAGUGGGGUGGAGAAUACUGUGAUGAUGAAAUGGUGCCUCUCCCUUCCCAGCUGAAGGACAGUUUCAGUCGUGCACCCUCCCUCAACCACUGGCACCUGCUCACUGGCGGGAAACUAAGUAGUGUGUGUGGGGCUGUGGCAUCAGGUGCAGCCCUGCACUUUAGUGGGAGCUGCACCCGUCAGUUGGUUACAGUGGAUCUGAACUUGACAAACGCUGAGUUUAUACAGUUCUACUUCAUGUACGGCUGCAUGGUGGCCCCUACCAACCGAAACCAGGGUGUCCUGCUGGAGUUCAGCCUGAACGGUGGCAUCAGCUGGAGUUUGCUGACGGAGAUAUUCUAUGACCAGUACAGCAAGCCAGGGUUUGUGAAUGUACUGCUGCCCCCUGCUGCCCAAGCAGUGGGGGUGCGGGUGCGCUGGUGGCAGCCACAGCACAGUGGAGCAGAUCAUGGUGACUGGGCACUGGACAAUGUUCUCAUCUCUGGCUCUGACACACGUGCUCAGAUCUCUGACACCUUUGGUGGCGUUGCGCUGCCUAAUCACGAGAGAGCACCAGCUGACGGAGCACCUACUGGCCGCCUUAGCACUGUUAGACAAGAUGAGGAGAGCACCGCAGUGAGUGAUCACUGGCUGUUUUCUGAGGACUGCUCUGUGCAGAGGUUUUGCCACUCCCCAGAUGGGGUCAUGGUGUGUGGCAAUGUAGAUGGCCGAGAGGUGUAUGCUGUUACACAUGACAUUGUCCCUGACAAAGGCUGGGUCAUGCAGUUUAAGAUUGCUGUUGGCUGCAGUGUUCCAGAGAGACACGCUGAUAGGCAGGUGCAUGUCCAGUAUUCAGUGGACUUUGGUGUAUCCUGGAAGUACCUGGUGCCCCAGUGCCUGCCUGCUAACCCUGGCUGUGGCGGACAGGUGUCCCAGCCCUCUGUGUUCUUCCCUGCAGAGGGCUGGAAGAGAGCUGUGUAUCCUCUGCCUGACAGCCUAGCUGACACAGCAGUUCGGUUCCAGUUCUAUCAGCAACAUUCGGACAUGCAGUGGGCAGUGGAGAACUUCUACAUUGGGCCUGCAUGCGACAACCACUGUGGAGGCCAUGGAGACUGUCUUGACCAGCGGUGCCUCUGUGACCCAGGAUUUUCUGGACCCAACUGUUAUGCCAGCUCAGCUCUGAAGGCAUCCCUGAAAGAGCGAUUCGACUGGCAGGGGGUCCAUGGACCACAGUGGCAGGUGUUGGAGGGUGGUCGCCCCUGCACGGACUGUGGGGUGCUGGUGGAGGGAACAGCCCUGUACUUCAGUGGAGCUGACGGCAGGCAGGCUGUCACUGCAGACCUUGACCUGCGUGGUGCCAAGUUUGUGGAGUACUGGGCCAGGAUCGGCAGUGAAGAUAAUAUGACUCUGUGCCAUCGUCCAACUUGCAGAAAAGAAGGGGUAUUACUGGAUUAUUCCACUGAUGGAGGGGUGUCAUGGAUGCUGCUUCAUGAGAUGGACUAUUUAAAAUAUGUGUCAGUGAGGCGGGACUAUAUUGUGCUGCCGGAGGGAGCUUUGACCAAUGCCACACGCCUGCGCUGGUGGCAACCAUUCACUGUGUCUUCAGGCCUGGCGAGCCCCAGUUUGGAGCGCGCUCAGUGGGCUUUAGAUAACAUCCUAGUUGGGGGGUCGGACAUCAACCCCAGCACCCUACUGGAUACUUUUGAUGAUGAGGGUAUAUCCCAUGAAGAAAGUUGGAGUUUCUAUCCAAAUGCAGUGCGAACAGCUGGUUUCUGUGGCAAUCCCUCUUUCCACCUUUACUGGCCUAACAAAAACCAGGAUGGAACCCACAACAUCCUGGCCACCCGAGAGCUUAUUGUCCAACCAGGAUACAUUUUACAGUUCAAGAUUGUGGUUGGCUGUGAAGCCGACAGCUGUGAAGAUCAUCAUUCAGUGCUUCUACAAUAUAGGAAGGAUGCCAGGUCAGACUCCUGGCAGUUGGUUCAGUCCGCAUGCCUCCCCUCCUCUGUGAGUAAUGUGGGCUGUUCCCCUUUCCAGUUCCAUGAGUCCAGUAUCUACAGCCCAGUGAACAGCUCAGUAUGGACCAGAGUUACUGUGCAGCUGCCUGACUAUGUCUCCUCAGGUGCCACACAGUUCCGCUGGAUUCAGAAAGAGGGCGCUGGUGAGCGACAUGGCUGGGGAAUUGAUCAUGUCUACAUUGGUGAAGCAUGUCCCGGACUGUGCAGUGGGCAUGGCUAUUGUACCAAUGGGGCAGUCUGCAUCUGUGAUGAAGGGCACCAUGGUGAUGACUGCUCCCUGUCAAACAGUGACCUUCCCAGCUCUGUCAAGGACAACUUUGAGUCAGGCUCAGUGUCUGAGGAGAGCUGGAGUGUAAUUCAGGGUGGAGGGGUUGGCAGUGGCUGUGGCCAGCUCUCCCCACAUGCCCAUGGUGACUCUCUUUAUUUCAAUGGCUGCAAGAUGAGACAGGCCAUCACCAAGCCUCUGGAUCUGACAAGGGCCAGCAAGAUCAUGUUUGUGCUGCAGAUUGGCAGUGUCUCACAGACAGACAGCUGUAAUUCUGCUCUGGAUCAGGUGGACACUGUGGAUCGGGCUGUUCUGCUCCAGUACAGUGUCAACAAUGGAGUCAGCUGGCACGUCAUCGCCCAGCACCAGCCCAAAGACUUCCUCAAGGCCCAGAGGGUCUCCUACAACAUUCCGCUUGAAGCUCGUGUGAAAGGGGUGCAGUUGCGAUGGUGGCAGCCACGGCAUGGCAGUUCAGGACAUGACCAGUGGGCACUGGACCAUGUAGAAGUCGUUCUAGUCAGCACCCGUAAACAAAACUACAUGAUGAACUUUGCCAGACAGACUGGGCUACGCCACUACUACAGUAGAAAGAGGAGGGCACUGAGGCCACAUGCCUGACGUUCUAGACAAGGACAACCUGGCAGUCAUAUAUUAACCUAUUGAAAACCACAUCUUGAUGACACAACACCACCAGUGGAUUCCUGUCAUCCCACUGCCCUCUGACUGACACAAUCUCCUUUCAAUCAAGACCUUCCCAGGGAAGGAAAACAGCAUCAAAAUGCAGCCAUUUUGUUUACUUUCCAUGAAUUUUCAGGUUUGUUAUUGGUUUGUAAUUUUUUUGUUAUUGUUAUAAUUUCUUCUGGUCCACUUAUAAUUCCUUUGGCACGCCCCCUCACCCCUCUUACCACACUGUGAAGUUCUACCAGAUCACUGAUGAUGCUGAUGAUGAAAAUGAUGAUGAUGAUGAUGAUGAUGAUGAUGAUGAUGAUGAUGAUGAUGAAACUAAGGCAGCCUUGGAGUGCAACUGAGCUGAUAGAUUGCUAAAGAGAGGAAGACUGAUAAACAGAAGCCUCAACCUGUAAGAGUUACCAUGAGUAAGCUGUUAACGGUAUGAUUGGGAUAACAGUGAUUAUGAUGCUAAAAGAGUUCUGUGUUCUUGCUGUUCUGUGUCUGUGGGUUCUUUUUGUGAUGAGUUGAUUGUGCUGUUCUGUUCAUUAAUUUGUUAGUUUUAUACUAAUCCCCAUCUUUUGAGGUUUGACCAUUUUUAAUUUUGGGGGGGUGGAUAAGGGCCUAAGUACAGGCCACUUUCAGAGAUGGACAGAAAAAGGAAGAGGACAAAAUGAAAUGAGAAAAAUAGCAAGAAAAAACUCAGCAAUGACAAUAAUGAUUUUUCCCCUUUUUUUAAAUCAUUUUUAUAUGUUGCUUCCCAAAAAAA